AUGUACGAGUAUCGGUUCCUCAUUAUUCUUCCAGACUGCGUGGUAGGUGCCGUCGUCCCAAGGGAAUCAGGAGGGGCCGUAGUGGCUGCUGGGACCAAGUUUGCCUUUCUUGAUUUCGAGACGAGGGAACUGACCACUGUAGCAACGGUGGACCAGCACAAACCCACCAACCGGUUCAACGAUGGGAAGUGCGAUGCUGUCGGCAGGUUUUGGGCCGGUAAGGAAACUUUAGGGAGGGGGGCGUUUAACGGAGUUGACCUCUCUAACGGCCUGACGUGGUCACCUGACAACAACAUCAUGUACUACAUCGACUCGCUCCAGUACAGCGUGGAUGCCUUCGACUUUGAUUUGUCCACUGGAACUCUGAGAAACCGUCGUCAAGUGAUGGCCUUUAAUCCGGUAGACGGUUUGCCUGAUGGCAUGUGUACCGACACAUACGGUAAACUAUGGAUAGCCAUGUAUGAUGGUGGUCAGGUGCUGCAGGUGGACCCAAACACAGGUACACAGCUUCGCUCCAUCAAGUUUCCAGUUCCCCUCACCACGUCCUGCUGUUUUGGAGGCCCUAACCUCGACAUUCUGUACGUGACAAGCUCAAGGGUAGGUUACUCUCCAGAUGAGAUCGAACAGAAACCUCUGUCCGGCUGUAUGUUCCAGGUCACCGGGUUGGGAGCCAGGGGCACCACCGCGUUCUGCUAUGAUGGUUAAACCAAUGGUAGCAGAACACUUCAACAUAUAGUGUCGAUCCAUUAAAAACAAGU